AUGUUUAUAGCAGGAUGUGGUGAAGUAUUUAUUUGGGUGUUUCUCGAUUAUUUGGUUUAUGCGAUACAGUGCCUAAUGCAGACAUUGGUGGUUCAGUUGGGUUGGGAUGGUUGUGAAGGAUGGCAUGCUACUGGGUCAUACUAUUUUGCAUUGUUAGGGUCACGCACAUUGCUCCGAAUUUUUCUUCUAGGAUUUGUAUUCACCGAAAAUUAUGGCAGUAUUAUUAUACCUUCCUGCUCUGGAGCUUUCCACCAUGGAAGCCAAAUUGGCUCAGGCUCGUAG